AUGAACAUUGGUUUGAUGUCUACUGUAUUAUCAAUAUCUAAGACUUUGGUAGCAUCAAAGAAAUGUUUAGGAAUUCCAUUUAAAGCAUUUCCAUUGUCAAUGCCCUGUAGAUUAUUUGCGCAUGGUAUACCAUUAACCAAAACAAUGAUCGAAGAUCGAGUAAUGCUCGUGUUAAGACUCUACGAUAAAAUCGACCCGUACAAAGUUGGUUUAAUUCAAUGA